AUGUUCAACAAGGAACCUCACCGACAUCCUGGCGUUUUCGUCGCUCGUGGCGGUAAAGAAGAUCUGCUGGUCACCAAGAACUUGACUCCUGGCGAGUCCGUGUACGGCGAGAAGCGCAUCAGCGUCGACUCCCCCGACAGCCCGGCCGUCGAUGGCGACAGCAGCGCGCCUGCUACCAAGACAGAAUACAGAGUUUGGAACCCGUUCCGCUCGAAGUUGGCCGCCGGUAUCUUGGGUGGUUUGGACGACAUCUUCAUCCGACCCGGCGCAAGUGUGCUGUAUCUGGGUGCUGCGUCUGGCACGUCCGUGUCCCACGUUGCCGAUAUUGUCGGUCCCACCGGACGAGUCUAUGCCGUCGAAUUUUCCCACCGCUCAGGUCGUGACUUGAUCACGAUGGCCACCCACCGCACCAAUGUCAUCCCCAUCAUCGAAGACGCCAGACAUCCUCUCCGUUACCGUAUGCUGGUCGGCAUGGUGGACGUCAUUUUCGCCGACGUUGCGCAGCCUGAUCAGGCUCGUAUCGUGGGUUUGAACGCUCAUCUCUUCUUGAAGGUGGGCGGUGGAGUCUUGGUCAGUAUCAAGGCCAACUGUAUCGACUCGACCGCGAAGCCAGAGGUCGUCUUUGCCAACGAAGUCAAGAAAAUGCGCGAGGAGCGUAUCAAGCCCAAGGAACAGCUGACUCUGGAACCCUUCGAACGUGACCACUGCAUCGUGGCGGGCAUUUACCAGCAUACCGUUCAGUAA